AAAAAGGAAGGCUGGCAGGGGGCAAACCCCCGUGAAAGGGAGCCAAAAACUCAUCCCGCCCCAUCAUCACCUCCGUCAUUUAAACAAAUAUUUAAAUACACUCUUUCUCUCUCCACUCUCUUAGGGUUCCAACUUCCACCCCCUUCAAUGUCCGUCUUUCCACCAAAACCCUAAGGCCUAAAGUUAUUCACACCUUCUCCUUUAAUCUACCAAAUCUAUGGAGUCUUCUUCAACCGCCACUAUUUCCGGCGGAAAUGCGCCAACUCCGAUGUCUAACGUCAAUGGGCCGCCCCCAUUUUUGUGUAAAACUUACGACAUGGUGGAUGAUCCAGCUACUGAUUCUGUAGUUUCAUGGAGUACUACCAAUAACAGCUUCGUUGUUUGGAAUCCUCCUGAGUUUGCUCGUGAUCUUUUACCCAAGUAUUUCAAGCAUAAUAACUUCUCCAGCUUUGUUCGUCAGCUUAACACCUAUGGCUUUAGAAAGGUGGAUCCAGACCGCUGGGAAUUUGCCAAUGAGGGGUUCUUGAGGGGUCAGAAACACCUGCUUAAGAGCAUUACUCGCCGAAAGCCUGCUCCUGGACAUGGCAAUCAGCAUCAACAACAAGCACCUCAACAGACUUCCUCUGUAGGAGCUUGUGUUGAGGUAGGCAAAUUUGGGCUAGAGGAAGAGGUGGAGAGGCUUAAAAGGGACAAGAAUGUGCUUAUGCAAGAACUUGUUAGACUGAGACAGCAGCAGCAGACGACUGAUAAUCAGUUGCAAACUAUGGUACAGCGCCUGCAGGGAAUGGAGCAGCGCCAACAACAAAUGAUGUCAUUCUUGGCAAAAGCAGUUCAAAGUCCUGGAUUCUUGGCUCAGUUUGUACAGCAGCAAACUGAGAGCAACAGGUGCAUAUCUGAUGCUAAUAAGAAACGAAGACUUAAGCAGGAUGGUGUUUCUGAGAGUGAAAACUCGACCCUUCCUGAUGGGCAGAUUGUGAAGUACCAACCCUUGGGGAAAGAUUCUACUCAUGCAAUGCUCCAUCAACUAAGGGAAAUGAAUGCGAAUUUCAAUAGCAAUUCAGGUGAUUUCUACUCGGGGGAUUCAUCAUCGACUAGUGCACUGGACAAUGAAACGCCUGCAAGCCGGGUAUCAGGAGUUACUUUGCAAGAGGUGUCACCUACUUCUGUUCCAGCUUAUUCAACCUCAGCUGCAAACAUUGCUGCUGUUAGUCGUGAUGCUGUUGUGUCUGAGAUAGAAUCGUCUCCUGUGAUUACCCGUGCUGAAAAUCUGCCUAUCCCAGAGCUUUCAGAAAUAAGUGGACUGGUAACUCCAGAAUCCAUAUCUUCUGUUUCUCUUCCCCAGACAACUGCUGUCAUACCAGAGAUUCCUGCUCUGCCUGACCUUGUCCAGAACUCUGUUAAUAUUCCCGGUGGAAAUUUUAUGUUAGAUGAGACUGGAGAUAAUGAAUUCAUGGAUCUGUCAUCUGUUCCUUUAGAGGGGACAAGUUCAAUUGACAUUGACAAGUUGUCUCCUCCUGAUAUUGAUGCUUUACUUGAUGAUGCCUCCUGGGAACAGUUUCUGGACCGUAAUAUAAUUUCGUUUGAUGAUAGAAACGAGUCAGAUUUUCCCAACAUUGAUAUUUCAACAGAGGGAACAGAAGUGCAACCCUUGGAGAAUGGGUGGUCUAAACAUCAAAGAAUGGAUCAGCUUACAGAACAAAUGGGUCUUUUGAAUUCGGAUAACACUUUACUUUGAAACAAUUAUGUGUAUAGUUUUAUGGCUUCAUACCAUCCAAGGCGUAAAUAUACAAGGUCAGGCUAAUGAUGCAUGUUCCAUGCUUUUUAUAUUAAAUUGGCGAACUAGCAAUUCUCAGCAACUGCCCCUGGAUUAUGAAGUACAUUAUGGUCAUGGAUUCUCAAAAGAAAUAAAGAAGGCUAGGAGUUAGCGAAUCGGUGAAAUGUAUUUUUCCAAAUGUAUUAAUAUCAAUACAUAAAUUCGUACAAUCAACAGUGAGGCAUUUAGCUUAUGAUGAAAGUUGAAGAUUCAGCAUUUCUGCUCCAUCUUUUGAUGUAAAUACAGCGAAAUUUUUUGCCCUUGUAGAAUGUAGCAUACUGGCUUCCAACUGUGAACCAAUUUCCUCCUUUUUGUAUGGUUUGUGUAUAUGGUUUACCUGUACUUUUAUCUUAAUAUAAAUAUAAAGUCCUAUUAUUUAUUAGUUUAGCAGUUACUGGCCACGGAAUUGUGUACAGACUUUAGGUGAAUGCCAGACUUCCCAUCCUCUAGAGGAGCCCGUCUUUUCUUUUAUUACUUAUGGCUCUAAGUCUUGACUCUAAUAGAGUACUUCCUCUUGCUCCACUUUCAUUGUAGUCCUUUCUUUUUAUUUUGCUACAAAUAAAAAAUAUCCCUACUAUAUUUUAUUCUCAACCAACAUUUUCAAUUUUUCUUUUUUAUACUACUUUUUUAUAUUAUAUUUGCUUGUUAGAGGAUAAAUAUUUUUAAAAGGGAUUAAGAAAGUAGUAUUCUAUAGCCUAUAGCAGUAGAGUAUUAAACUAGAGGGUUUAACUCUGGAUCGCUUCGUUUAGAACUCUCUUA